AUGGCCGUAUCUCCCACCACUUGUUUUGGUCCAAAGGCAGAAACGAGCAUCCUAGAAACCAAUCAGUACUUGCGCUCUGAACUGGAAAAAUGCAAACAGAACUUCCGAGACCUCAAAGAGAAAUUCCUGGCAUCCAAAGCUACUGCCUACUCCCUGGCCAAUCGCCUGCAGAAAUACAAAUGCGAAGAGUGCAAAGACCUUAUAAAAUCUGUGCUGGAGGAGGAGCUGCAGUUUCAGGAGAGGGAGCUGGCCGAAUUGCCGAGCCCAGCUGCAAGGCUCCGGAUACAUGAUCCCUUAAUUCAGGCUCAGGCUAAAGAACUGACCCACUUACGACAGAAGAUACAGGAAGGGAGAGGUGUCUGCUACCUUUUCACCCAGCAUGUGAAAAACACAGUCAAGUCUUUUGAGGGCCUUCUCAGGAACACUGGCAUUGCCUACUACCAGAGACAGAGAUUCUGUGAGCAAAUGGUACAAGGAAGCCAGCUGACAGAGAUCCUUGUCAGAAAACUGGCCACAGAAUAUCACAAUGGUAAGAAAAAUGAAGACAGGCAAAAGCUACUGGCUCCCAGAUCAGAACUAGCUAUGAAGCUGUGGUUCCAGGCUGCCUUGGUUUAA